CCCCGGCUGCACCUAAUUUCGCGAAGAAAUCAAGCUGGGGCUAACUGGAUGGAGAUCAACGGGCGCCACAUCGCUCGUUGGGAUCAUAGACUUGAGCUGCUGGCACAAGGUGCGCCGAUCGAUGUUGUCGGCGCACCUACUACACCUGACUAUAUGCCGUGGUUCCUCUCCAUCACGCGCCGAUGGAUGACACCACGUGCCAUCUUGGAAGCAGCACAUUACGCACCUGCUGCGCCUACGAUGACCCAAUUUGCACAAGGUGCGGCAAACGUGAUGCGGUACAGCCAGGAGGAGCCGGUGAGGGAGAUUGCGCAUGGCAUGCUCGUUGGCUCGCAGUUCCAGCACUUCAUACCGGAAGUCGCUACACAACACUCACCGACUAUCUCCCAUACGCACAUGUCCCCUCCACUGCCAGAGCGUCACGCGAACGCCUCUUUCUAUCGUAGGAGGCGAAGGAGACCAACUCAGUUGGAUAAGGUAGAUGAGGGUUCGUGA